GAUGGCGCCCCCAAGGCCACUCGCAGGGAGGCAAGCAGCUUGCAAGCAUAGAAUCAGGCAUUAGAGUAUCCCGGCGCACAGAUAAGGCCUCUUCUCCCAGGUGUUCCUCCAUUGAUUGAAAUCAGUUUGCUCCUACCUGCCACCUUAUCAGAAGAUAUUUACUCACUACCCGCCCAAGUUCUACAUUGACUCCUCCAACGCUCCAAUCAUGUCUGCCGAACAGUACUCGUCAGGAGCUUACCACGCAUGCGAAGGGCUCGAAACGGAUCAUGACAAGGUAUUGGAUUUCUAUCCAGUUGUCCACAGUAACUCGUCCGUGGAUAUCAUGCAGCCAGAAAAUGCCAUUGACCGAACAGGCCUUGCAUCUUCCUUGGUGGCUGCGCAGCCAUACUGGCGUUCCCUGAACGCGGAUCUUUGGGUCCCUUCUACCCAGGACAUUGCUUCAGGGAUCCCGAUGCUGCCACCCAAUACCGAGUUGCCCUAUGAAGACUUCGGUUACCCUGAUGGGCGUGGCGCUGGCCAAUCAAUCAACCUCACCUACAAGACUAACACUCUCGUGUCUCAAAUCCUUCCUGGAAGCCAACAUCCUACACCCCAGGUCGUGAAUACAUCCCCACGCCCAAACUAUACGUCGCACGGGAAGCCCUCGACCCAGAGAGUCUCUACCCCGAGCCCACGGGACUUUUCUCCGCGGUCCCUCAAAUGCGAAUGGCGCGGUUGUACAUACACCGGAACGUUUUCCCGCCCUGCGCAAUUGAAACGACACGCCGACACACAACAUAUCUACCCUGGCUCAUUCGUCUGCCCCGUCUCUGGGUGCGAUAAGACGUUCAAUCGCAAGGAUAACCUUGGCGUAAAUCUUCGCCAGAUGCACCAUAGUGAUGAGGGUCAUCCACAAUGCCAGACUGGCAAAUGCGUGAUUGAUUUGACUGGUGAAAAUGUGAUUGACCUGACGGGUGAGUGAUGUUCUAGGCGAUAUGAUAGGAUAUGAAAAGGAUGGAACUAUCUGGCUUUAAUGGGUCUCAAAUUCCUUUCCUUUAAUGACUUGAUUGCAUUCAUUUCGGUUCUCCUCUAUGAUACUAUGACCAU